CACUCACCUUCGCCAGCCGUCCGUGGAACACCUGCAGCGUCCAGCACACACCACGCACCCAGCACCCCCGCAUUUUACGCACACACGCACCGCCACAAUGAAGCUCCUCACGCUCAACUUCCUCACCUGCGCCAUCAAAACAUGCAAAACACAAACCGCGUCUUUCCCGCUGCACCCCCGCAACGCCGAGCUGGAGAUCCAGGAAUCAGAAGUCAAUCUGCCGUUUUUGAAGAACAUUCUGCCGAGGCUGAUGUGGGAGGAGCUGAGGACGAUAUGUAAAGAGCUGUCCCUUCCCGACCUCCCUCCCACCCCGCCCACGCCUGCAGACCUCGUCGAAGGCGGCGCCGCGCUCGCAGCUACCAACGAGACCACCGAUGCGUCCGCAGAAGGCAGCGCAGCAGCAACUACCACAGCAGCGAAUACUACAGAACAGCCGAGCCAGACGGCGCGGGACCUGCACCGUGUGCUGCUCGAGACGUGUAUACAGGAGGGCGGGCUGGUGUGCGGGUGCUGCGGGCACGAGUACGCGGUGAAGGAGGGGGUUGCCAACUUUUUGCUGCCGGGGCAUUUGGUGUGAGAGGGGCAGGCGAGGAGGUAGGGCGUGCGAGGCGAGGCCGGACCGAGAGGCGCGGGAGAUGUGGCAAAGGGUGGAGAGGCGAGCAGCAGCGCGGGGUAUUCAUGAAGGGAGCGGUUGUUCACGGCGGCACAAAAGUUUGAUACCCACACACAGAUUCGAGCAUUCGGGGCGUUGGUCGCAUGAAGAUCAAGAGACGUAUAUCAUGGUAUCUAACCCUUUCAACGCGCCCAAACGCCCAACUUUUCCACGUUCCUGCUGCGCUUACAAGUCCAGCGCACGGUUGAUC